AUGCGUCAAGGCACCAGGGAAGCAGAUCCGGUGGCUGGAGGUGCGGAUCUGAUCGCGGCCGGCCGCACCUCCACCAUGGGCGCCACCAGGGAGAGUGCGAGGGGGAGGAAAGGAGAGGAGGAGGGAGGUGAAGCCCCGUUGUCACCUUCCUUGCGACCGCGCGGGCUUCUGACGGCCACUCGGAUGACGGCGAGGAGGGGAGGCGGCGCUGGAAGGGGCGACGGCGGCGGCCCGAGCCGUCCCAAGGAGGGCGACGCGGGCGUCUCGGUUGGAGAAAGUGUCUCGGUGGAGAAGAAGAGCCUCGUCGACUUCCUCGGCCUCUCCGACGCAUACGCGGUCCCCUUCGGCAAGCUGUUCAUCGGCAUCGUCGGUGCUCUCCUGCAGCCCUCCGCAAGCCUCGAGCGGGAGCGCCUGCCGCAGUGGUCCCACGCCGAGACGGCCGCGUUCCUCGCCGUCCGCGCCGAGCUCGACCACUCCUUCCUCACCACCAAGCGCAACAAGGCGCUCUGGGAGGCCGUCUCCGCGCGCCUCCAGGGGCAGGGCUUCGCCCGCACCCCCGACCAGUGCAAGUCCAAGUGGAAGAACCUCGUCACCAGGUUCAAGGGCACCGAGGCCGCCGCCGCCGCCGCGCACCCGCCGCCGGACGCCGAUCCCGCGUCCGCCUCCGCCGCCGCGGCGCAGCAGGCCAGGCAGUUCCCGUUCCACGACGAGAUGAGGAGGAUCUUCGACGCUAGGGUCGAGCGGGCGCAAGCAUUGGAGAGGAAGAGGGCGAAGGGCAAAGACGUGCGGACGGAGGACGACGAAGGCGGCGGCGAGGGCGAGGACGACGACGAUGAGGAGGAGGAGCUCGAGGCGGAGGUGGGCGAGGAUGAGGCCGGCAGCAGGGUGGCCGCGGAGGCGAGGGGCGGCGGCGGGGCGAAGAAGCGCAGGCGGAAGCAGGCCGCGUCGGCGGCGCGGGAUAGGUCUGCAGAUCAGGGCAAGGUGGAGGCCAUGCUGCGGGAGUUCAUGCGGCGCCAGGUGGAGAUGGAAGAGCGCUGGAUGGAGGCGGCCGAGGCGCGGGAGGCCGAGCGCCGCGCUCGCGAGGAGGAGUGGCGCAACGCCAUGGUCGCGCUCGGCGAGGAGCGCCUCGCGCUCGUGCGCCGCUGGCGCGAGCGCGAGGACGCCUGGCGCGCGCGCGCCGAGGAGCGGGAGGAGCGCCGGCACCAGCUCGUCGCCGCACUGCUCGCCAAGCUCGGUGGCGAUUCCUCGUGAUCAAUCCUCGUCCAUCCGCACACUCACCGGAGCAACGAUGUUUCACCGCGAAGCGUGCAUCGGCCGGCUAGCUACCUUUAGAUGAUCACUAGUGCUCGAUCAAUGAUCUUUGUUGGUUAGGGUUUUUCUAGACAUCAGCUAGUGAGAGCAGGCCAGGAAAGAUGGCUGUACAUGUUCAGAUGGUGAAAAAGGGUUUAUUGCAGCUCAUGCAACCUUUGUUUAGCCAGCAGCCAUUAGCUAGCAGCUCUAGCGCUCUAGUCUCAUCAGUCUGGUCUCGUCAGCUUCAGGAGCUGGCUGAGCUUUCUGGCUUUCAACAAGUGCAUGGCAUGGCUGUAUCACAUCCCUUUGCAUGAUCAAUCGAUGUGCCUUCUCUCCCUGGUUCUUCAUAGAUCUCCCUCUCUCGUCUUUUCAAGAUGAUAUGUAGGAUCUCCCACCAUGGUCGGUUUAUGUGCUUUCCGUUCAGAAAUGGGUGCUUCAGCGUGAUGAUAUAUCUCUGCAGGACCUGUGUAGCUUUUGCGCGACAUGGUGUAGCUGCUAGAUCUUUCUUACUUUCUCUCUCUUUUCAGUUGCAUGGGUAAAGAUAUAUAUCACUAGCGAAAAGAGAUUUGCAUCUGAAAAGUUGUAGGACUAGCUAGUAUGAUCAGGAAAGAGAGGGCAUGGUGGAUACUGGAAGCACAUGGUUGCUGAUAGGGGUGCAGGCAGGCAGGCAGCUGCUUUGCUUUGCUUAUCCUACAGGGAGGGUAUUGAUGCCCUGGAUUCCUGUAUGGAUACAUUUGCAAAAAAUCAGAGGUGUCAGGCAGAAGCCAUUAGAUAGAACAGCACUGGAGGAUGGCUAGAUUGUGUAGUGCUUGUUUGCCUAAACAAUUUGGAGAUUGUUAAUUACAAGAUGAGCUCCCUAAUGAUGUGUGGACCGCGUGUCAUAGCAUGCAUCAUGGCUACCUGUAGACAAUGGGCGCAUGCCUGCGUGUGGUAUGAACCCAUAUGAGCAUGCACAGUGUGUACGUAGGAAAGUAGAGUAUGAAACCGCGUUGCAUAUGUGUGUACAUCUCAUAUCCAGCGUUCUCCCAAAAGUUGCUGGCCCUAUAUAUUAUGAGGCUUAGCUAGUUGGUCAAAUAAUAUAAUGUCAGGUUGUUUUUUA